UCGUAGCUCGUAGGGUAAGAAAAACGGUUUCGUCACUUUUGACAGGAAUAAUCAAGUUCUGUUCAAGUACUUAGCAAAAUAACAAAAACUCUGCUCCUAAAUCCUAAUCCCUGUGCUUUUCUCUUGUAUUCUCCUUCAAUGGCGUCCCCAUCGGAAAUAAAGCAAAUACUUGGUGAACUAAACAAGGAAUCAUUCGUCGGACUCUUAACCAAGCUCAUUGGAGAAUCCAAGUAUUUACAGAACAACCCACCUGAAUUAAUCCCUGAAGAAGACAGAGUUGUAAACUACUUGCUUGAUAUACUAUCUCCUCUUUCCACCACUACUGGAGGUGGGCCACUCAUUAUCAACCAUGCUACUUACUAUCCUAAAAGGGGCAACCUUAUUGUUGAAUACCCGGGUACUGAACCGGGUAAAGUUGUCUCCUUCGUGGGUUGUCAUAUGGAUGUUGUUACUGCUAAUCCUGAUGAUUGGGACUUUGAUCCUUUUUCAUUGAGCAUCGAGGGCGAUAAACUUAGGGGCCGAGGCACAACCGACUGUUUAGGACAUGUUGCACUGGUAGCUGAACUAAUGAAGAAGCUAGGCGAAACAAAACCGAAAUUGAAGUCAACUGUUGUUGCGGUUUUUAUAGCAAAUGAGGAGAAUUCAGCCAUUACAGGAAUUGGAGUUGAUGCACUUGGAAAGGACGGAUUGCUCGAUAAGUUGAAGGGUGGUCCUUUGUUCUGGAUAGAUACAGCAGAUAAACAACCGUGCAUCGGUACUGGUGGCGUGAUACCAUGGAGAUUACAUGGUACCGGAAAACUAUUUCACAGUGGCCUUGCACAUAAGUCGGUAAAUGCUAUGGAAAUGACAAUGGAAGCACUAAAAGAGAUUCAGUUACGAUUUUAUAGAGAUUUUCCUCCACACCCAAAAGAACAAGUCUAUGGAUUCGCUACUCCAUCAACUAUGAAGCCAACUCAAUGGAUUUAUCCUGGAGGGGGUAUUAACCAGAUCCCCGGGGAGUGUACAAUUUCCGGUGAUGUCAGGCUAACUCCCUUUUACGAUGUAAAUGCCUGUAUGAAAAAGCUUCAAGAGUAUGUAGAUGACAUAAAUUCCAACAUUGAGAAACUAGAUACGAGAGGACCAGUUUCAAGAUAUGUUUUGCCUGAAGAAAAUAUAAAGGGAAGGCUUACAAUAACAUUUGACGAGGCCAACAAUGGCGUCGCUUGUGAUCUCGAUUCUCGUGGCUUUCAUGUAUUAUGCAAAGCUACUGAAGAAGUUGUCGGUUAUGCAAAACCCUACUCAAUCACCGGAAGCUUGCCAUUGAUUCGUGACCUUCACGAUGAUGGCUUUGAUGUUCAAACAACAGGCUAUGGUCUGAUGGCAACAUACCAUGCCAAGAAUGAAUACUGCCUAUUGUCGGACAUGUGCCAAGGUUACCGAGUAUUUGCAAGUAUUAUUGCGCAGUUAGAAGAUUGACCUUUCAUAUAGUACCAUAUGCUCCUGUUAUGAUUUUGCUUUACAUCUUUAUCACUUUUGUCAUCUUUGUACUGCAAAAGACAUGAUGUACAAGCAGUCUAGCACUGCGUUUAAUGUAAGUUCAUCAAUAAACAGACCAAAAUUAUUGUUAUUGCCAGAUUUUAUCAGCAAAAAAGAACAUGAUUUUAUUCCCUUUAUAUUGGAUUACUCAAAUAACACGGUUUUAUGGUGA